GGACCAUUCCGCUCCGCCCAAACAGUGUAGAAUCAAUGGUAUGAGCACGGACAACGAGCCUCACAAAAGGGAUUACCAGAGAUCGUAUGGUAGAUCGAGUAUCCUUCAGAGCUGCAACUGCACUUCUCAACAGACUGUAACUUGAAGUAGCAAGGGUUGAGAAAGCCAUAAAGAGAAGCAAAAUCUCUCAAGAUACUAUCACGUUCACCUGUCUUUACAAUUCAACAACAUUUUCACAACAUGGAUGCGUUUAAGGCGCUCAUUUUUCUGCUACUUACUGUUAGCAGCGCAGUUGCUGUACCGCCGUUGCGAAAAAUCGGGCUACUUUCACCCGUCGUGCGCGAGGGCUCACAACUCCUGGUUGAUGGCAAGCAAUGGAAGGCGAUAGGCCCGAAUGUGUACUGGUUAGGCCUAGAUGAGAACGUUGUGCCGCCCGCUGGAGAGCCAUAUGAUGCAUCAACUCAUUCCAGCUAUCCAACCAAGGAACGCGUUACUGAGGUAAUGGCUGUGGUGAAUGCUUUAGGUGGGACUAUGAUUAGAAGUCAUACACUUGGAGCCAAUAUUGGGAACCCUCUAACUAUAUGGCCCAAGCAAGGUGUGGUGAACGAUGAAGCGUUCGAUAGCAUUGACUGGGCGGUAUAUCAAGCCGGCCUUUAUGGAGUCAGAUUACUUGUGCCUCUCGUUGACAACUACGAUUAUUUCCACGGUGGAAAAUACAACUUCCUCCGCUGGGCCGGUUUUGACCUGACCAAGGACAAAGAUAGCAACAACCCUCAGAUUCAACAAUUUUACACGAAUGCCACUAUCGUGUCCGUCUUCAAGGAUUUUAUCAAAACGCUAUUGUCUCACCGGAAUCAGUAUAACAACUUGACAUACGCAGAAGACCCCACCGUCUUUGCAUUUGAGACUGGGAAUGAGCUGCUCGGUCCCAUCUGGGGAGAUAUGAAUUGCCCAGCAGACUGGGUGAAAGACAUCGCAAAAUAUGUCAAAAGUCUUGCUCCACAGAAACUAGUCUUCGACGGCACAUACGGGAUCAAUAAGACGCAUCUCAGUAUCGAAGAGGUAGACGUAUUUUCGGAUCAUUUCUACCCACCCAACAAUAAAAAGCUGCAGGCGGGCAUAGAUGCUGUGGCAAGUGUCAACAAAGUUUAUUUCGCCGGGGAGUUUGACUGGGUUGGUGCCUCAGGUGGCGAUUCGCUUGAAUCAUUCUUCAAAAUCUUGGAGAACAGCACAACAGUCGGCGGGGACGCUUUCUGGAGUCUAUUCGGAAGAAAUGGCCCGGAUUGCAAUACUUUUAUAGAUCAUAGCGACGGCUUCACGCUGCAGUACGGAAACCCCCAUAAUACUGCUUAUACGAACAAUAGAAUUCGACUCAUUCGGAAGCACUUCAUCGCGAUGAGUCAGGGCAAAGUUAUUGACGCUGAUGAGCCGCUACCUCCUGUGUCAUGCCCUGCUCCUCCUCCGCUGAGCCGGAGGACAUAGGGAUGAAUGAUAACACUUGAGUACACAGAUAUUGGGCUUUCUUAGGCCAGAAAUUGGCAAACUACAAGUUGCCCAUGAUCAUGAUGAUUAUAGAUGUCAAACUUACCUACUCUUUUGAAAAUGCCAAGACAAUCCAAUACAUUGAUCAUCGGAUCAAUCAUUGUGAUAAGAAUUUAUCGCGGCUUUAAAAUAAGACAUCGAAUAUGUCAUGGAGGUAUGUCCCGGAGUGAGUAGAAGGUCAGUCACAGUCAAGUAGGUAGGUAGAAGGGAUAGUAUAGGCGUCAAUAAU